UUUCCAAAAUGAAAAUUUACCAUCUUCUUCUAAAUCAACAAUGAAAAGAAAGAAAAGGAAAAAAGAAACAGAAACUCAUUUACCUUUCCUUUGCCAUGAACAAUCUGAACAAAUCAAACCAACCCAGUUUUGGAGCUCUCUACCCUCUGCCCAAUAAUACCUCACUUACCCAAGAAUCACAGCCAUAAAUCCCCAACAACCUACUACAAGAAGACAAACAUAGCUUUUUCAAUGGCAGAAACCAGUACUAGCAGUAGCAACAGUUUCAAUAACACCAAUGGGGGCUCACCACUUUCCAACAUAGCCCAAGACCACCUCGUUACAAUCUUGUUGCUUCUUCCUGUAGAUUCAAUUCUUUGCUUUGCCAUGGCCUGCAAGAAGUUUAGAGCUUUGACAGCCUCUGACACUCUGUGGGAGUCCAUAUGCAGAAGGGACUGGGGUCCCAAAUCAGUUGAGGCCCUCAAGGCUUCAAAUUUUCAUCAUCAGCUGCCUUGGAUGAGGCUCUACAAGCAAGUCUCUCGCUUGGACUCUGUUUAUUGCCAUAAAUUGCCUAACCCAGAAGGGGAAUUGGUGUUUCCAAGUCCCAGGGCCUCUCAUUCUCUCAAUUUCGUGUCUGAUUGCUUGGUUUUGUUUGGUGGUGGCAGUGAGGGAGGACGCCAUCUAGAUGACACAUGGGUGGCAUGCAUUGGUAACGAUUUUCGGAGAAUGUUGAAGUGGCAGAAGAUCAAUUCAGGCAUUCCAAGUGGCAGAUUUGGGCAUUCAUGUGUUGUUAUUGAUGAUUUUCUUGUUCUAUUUGGAGGAAUAAAUGACAAUGGAAUCCGUCACAACGAUACAUGGGUGGGGAAAGUAGCAUGCCAUGAGACCCUUGGUAUCACACUGUCAUGGAGGCUGCUUGUCGUGGGGCCCGAUGCACCUUCGCAGCGCGGGGCUCAUGCUGCAUGCUGCAUUGAUGGCAGAAAGAUGGUUAUCCAUGGAGGAAUUGGGCUGCAUGGUGUCAGGUUGGGUGAUACAUGGGUGUUGGAACUCUCUGAAAACUUUCGAUUUGGAACUUGGUAUGAAAUUGUGGCUCAUCCAUGUCCGCCAGCUCGCUCAGGACACACAUUGACUUGCAUUCGGGGAACCCGAACAGUUUUAUUUGGAGGGAGAGGAUUGGGCUAUGAUGUGCUUCAUGAUGUCUGGUUCUUGGAUAUUCAUGAAGGCCAGCCUAAAUGGGUACAAAUACUCUAUGAAUUACAAAAUGUUCCUGGAGGAGUUUCCCUCCCGAGAGUUGGUCACUCAGCUACCCUCAUCUUAGGAGGCCAUUUGCUGAUUGGUGGGGGAGAGGACUCGUACAGACACCGGAAGAAUGACUUCUGGGUUUUAGACAUAAGUGCAGUUCCAUCCAUUACAAUGCAGCCAACUACACUCAACUCUGUGCAGUUAUUGGCAAAAAUGUGGAAAAGGUUGAAGGCAAACGGUUACAAACCCAAAUGCCGGUCAUUCCAUCGUGCCUGCACAGAUAACUCCGGGCGUUACUUGUUUGUGUUUGGUGGAAUGGUGGAUGGCGUACUUCAGCCUGCUGACCCUGCUGGGCUGAGGUUUGAUGGAGAGCUCGUCCUUGUGGAGCUUGUGCUCCAGCUGUAAGGAGGAAUGAAUAUAUCAUUGGUACAAAAGAUGAAGAUGCUUUAAUUAUAGAAAGGAAAGGAGACUUUUUUCGACUGGUGAGUUGGUCACUAACGCGUUCACAUAGCCAGCCUUUGUUGCUGCUGAAGCUGAUGGCUACUUUAGGAAGCCCCCAACAAUCGAAAACUUGCAAUCAUAUUUGAUCACGUUCUCCAAUCUAUGUAAACAGUUGAGGUACGUGCAUACGUACAAACAAAGCCUCCUUUCCAAAAGCAUCGUCAUCAUUUGGUUAGUUACUUGCCAUUCCAGUACACCAUGUCUUGUACAUAGUAGCUCAUAACUUGCUCUGUACGUCUCUUUUGAAUUGAGAUUAUCUCUUCUACGAGAAAAGACAAGAAAGAAAAAAAAAAAUUAGAAUUGAGAUUCUCUGACUAAAUGGAUUUUCAUGCGUUGUUAUUAUCCAUGGGGUUUGGAGAGCUUAUUUCUAACUACAUUUGCAUUUCGAGUCGAUUCUGCAUCGUUCUAGUCAAUGAGGAAUCUGCAUCAUAUAUGUUAAUGAGAAAAAUGGCAAUGCCCCAAUCCA